AUGGAUUCAUAUUCGGAUUCUUCAAGUUCGGCUGAUGCAGAAGACACCGCACUUUAUCAAGAACUCACUCGACAGAUACUGAUGCUUACAGAUGAAGAUGAUGAUCGGUAUACGGUGGAGCCACGGCGGAGACCGGUGGUUCAUGGUGGUGUUGGAUCAAGACCGGUGGCUAGGAACUACUAUAGUUGGUCGGAGAGUGUGAGAAGUCCGGUCCCUGGUUGGAUGGAAAGUUUGUGGGCUAAUGGUGGCGGUGGCACCGGAGUGUUCAUACCUAGCGGUGUUGCUGUUGCCGCCUACAGUGGUGGUGGAAAGAAGUUCGGUAGGAGAAGGCGUAAUAAUAAAGUAAGGAAAAAUAAUGAUAGAGGUGGUGGACAAAAGAUACAUGGUUAA